AUGAUUUUUGAUGAAGUUGCAGGAGGUUAUUUUUGUAUUUUUGUUAAUGAAUCCCAAGAUGAGUCUAAAAAAGAACAAAUGACCCUUAUUUUGAGAUACGUCAAGAAUGACGGUUUGCUAGGGGAACGGUUCUUUGAUAUCAUGGGUGUCGAAAACACAUCUGCAUUGACUCUUAAAAAAGAGAUAUCGAAUAUCCUUUCUCGAUUUAAUCUCCUUAUUCAAAACAUGGGUUGUCAAGGGUAUGAUGGUGCUAGCAAUAUGCGUGGUGAAUGGAAUGGACUUCAACCUUUAUUUCUUAAAGAUUGCCCAUAUGCAUAUUAUGUACAUUGCUUUGCACAUCGCCUGCAAUUGGCCUUAAUUGCGGCAGCAAAAGAUGAGCCUAAUGUUUGGCAAUUUUUUUCUCACUUGAGUUGUACUGUCAAUCUUGUUGCUUCUUCUCCAAAGCGCCUUGGUGAGUUAAAAUCUUUUCAUAGGAGUGAGGUGGAAAAUAUGUUGGCUAGUGGUGAGCGUCAAUUUGUUGUUGAAAGUCUCAAGAAGAGUACAAAUCAACAAAUUCGCAGGCAAGCUAAUGGUGUUUACAAAGUGAUGAAGAGCUUUGAAUUCAUAUUCGUCUUGUACUUGAUGGACAACAUUUUGAGAAUCGUGAAUACACUUUGUCAAGUCUUGCAACAGAAAACUCAAGACAUCUUAAAUGCGAUGAAAUUAGUCUCCACAACAAAAGCUCUCAUUCAAAAACUUAGACAAGAUGAUUGGGAUAUUUUUCUUGCAAAUGUGGUGUCAUUUUGCAAUCGACACAACAUUGCGGUACAUGAUAUGAGUUCUCCUUAUGAAGAGGGUACAAGUCGUCGUCAUCAACAAGAUUACAUUACAAUUGAGCAUCAUUAUCACUUUGACAUAUUCAACUCUACAAUUGAUUUUCAAUUGAUAGAGUUAGAACAUAGAUUUAAUGAUGGGGUAGUGGAACUUCUUUCUCUGAGCUCGACUUUGGAUCCUAGUGGCAAUUUGAGAUCUUUUAAUGUGGAUAAUAUUUGCAAUCUUGCCGAGAAAUUUUAUUCCCAAGAUUUCACUUCUCAAGACAUCCAUGCUUUGAGAUGUCAAUUAAUGCAUUAUAAGCUUGAUGUUGUUUGUGAUCCCGAGUUUCAUAAGAUAUCUACCCUUGCCGAAUUGUGCCGAGAACUAUUUGUGACAAGAAAGUUCGAGCAUUACAGCAUGAUCUACAAAUUGAUUCGUCUUAUGUCAACCCUUCCUGUUUCUACGGCAACUACGGAAAGAGCAUUUUCGAGUAUGAAGCAUGUUAAAAUUGCCAUUCGCAAUUCAAUGGGAGAUGAGUUUUUUGCCAAUUGCUUGUCUCUCUACCUUGAACAGGACCUUACUUUGAAAAUUGAUCUAGAUUCCGUAAUUGAUGAAUUCGAAUCUUUAAAGACUCAUCGAGCACAACUUUGUUAG